UUACGGCUGCCGUCAAGCGCGGCGCUGGCCCGAAGGGCGGGGGCCGAGAGGCUGCCAUGGCGGCGGCAGACAGGCUACUGAGCUCCUGGGUACUGCUGGCGCCGCUGCUAGUGGGGCUCGCGCUACUAGUAGUCGGGCCAGCCCCGGCGUGGGCGCUGCACAACGUCACGGCCGAACUCUUUGGGGCUGAGGCCUGGGGCACAGUAGCGGCCUUCGGAGACCUCAACUCCGACAAGCAGACGGACCUCUUCGUGCUUCGGGAAAGAAAUGAUUUAAUCGUCUUUUUGGCAGACCAGAACGCACCUUAUUUUAAACCCAAAGUAAAACUAUCCUUGAAGAAUCACAGUGCAUUGAUAACCAGUGUAGUUCCUGGGGAUUAUGAUGGAGACUCACAAAUGGAUGUCCUUCUGACAUAUCUUCCUAAAAAUUAUGCAGGCAGUGAUUUGGGAGUUGUUAUCUUCUGGGGACAAAAUCAAACAUUAGAUCCUAAUAAUAUGACCAUACUCAAUAGGACUUUUCAAGAUGAACCACUUAUUAUGGACUUCAAUGGCGACUUAAUUCCUGAUGUAUUUGGUAUCACAAAUGAGUCCAGCCAGCCACAGAUAUUACUAGGAGGGAAUUUAUCAUGGCAUCCUGCAUUGAACACAAAAAGUAAACUGCGAAUUCCUCAUUCUCAUGCAUUUAUUGAUUUGACUGAAGAUUUUACAGCAGAUUUAUUUCUAACUACACUGUCUGACUCUGGUAUCUUCCACUUUGAGAUAUGGGAAAAUUUGGAUGGCAAUUUCUCUGUCAGUAGUAUUCUUGAAAAACCUUCAAAUAUGAUGAUGGUUGGACAGUCAGCAUUUGCAGACUUUGAUGGAGAUGGACACACAGAUCACUUACUUCCUGGCUGUGAAGACAAAAACUGCCAGAAAAGCACCAUCUACUUAGCAAAAUCUGGAACAAAGCAGUGGGUUCCAGUGCUGCAGAAUUUCAGCAACAAGGGCACACUCUGGGGUUUUGUGCCAUUUGUGCAUGAAAAACGACCAACUGAAAUACCAAUUCCAAUUACCCUUCAUAUUGGAGACUACAACAUGGAUGGCUAUCCAGAUGCACUUGCUGUACUGAAGAAUACAUCUGGAAGCAACCAGCAGGCCUUUUUACUAGAGAAUGUUCCUUGUAAUAAUGCAAGCUGUGAGGGGGCACACCGUAUGUUUAAAGUCUACUGGGAUCUGUCAAACCUAAAUCAAAUCAGAGAUGCCGUGGUUGCCACCUUCUUUGACAUUUAUGAAGAUGGAAUUUUGGACAUUGUAGUACUAAGUAAAGGGUAUACAAAGAAUGACUUUGCCAUCCAUACACUAAAAAACAACUUCGAAGCUGAUGCAUAUUUUGUUAAAGUCAUUGUUCUCAGUGGUCUCUGUUCUAAUGACUGUCCUCGUAAGAUCACACCCUUUGGAGUAAAUCAACCUGGACCAUAUAUUAUGUACACAACUGUAGAUGCAAAUGGGUAUCUGAAAAAUGGCUCAGCUGGACAACUCAGCCAAUCAGCACAUUUAGCUCUUCAGCUACCAUAUAAUGUCCUUGGUUUAGGUAGAAGUGCAAAUUUCCUUGAUCAUCUUUUUGUUGGUAUUCCCCGCCCAUCUGGAGAGAAAUCUGUACGGAAGCAAGAGUGGACUGCAAUCAUUCCAAAUUCCCAGCUAAUUGUCAUUCCAUACCCUCACGAGAUCCCUAGAAGCUGGAGCGCCAAACUGUACCUCACUCCAAGUAACAUUGUCCUCCUCACGGCUAUUGCGCUCAUCGGUGUCUGCGCUUUCAUCUUGGCUAUCAUUGGCAUUUUGCACUGGCAGGAAAAGAAAGCAGAUGAUAGAGAAAAACGACAAGAAGCUCAUCGGUUUCAUUUUGAUGCUAUGUGACUUGCCUUUAAUAUUACAUAAUGGAAUUGCUAUUCAACUGAUUAACUGAAACACUAAGUUCUGAUUUAUAGAUGACAUUAGGGAUUGCUUUGAAGGUUACUGAUAAAUGAUGCAUCUGUUGGCAAUUAUUGGAAAAUAUUCAAAUAAAUAUGGUCUGAAUGUGCCACAAGUCCUUUUUUUUUUAAGCACUUUGUAUAAAAAGCUUGGGUCCUUCAUUCAAUAGUGCUGUCAAUUUUUGUCGCCUUGUGGAAUGUGCUGCAUGUACUCAGGUGUUUAUGUAUUUUUAAUCUUAUUAGAAUAAGGAUGAUGGAAAAAGAUACAUGUAAAUAAAAAGAUUAAAAUAAG